AUGAGAUAGCUAAGUAGUCCACUCACUACACUUUAAGAUAAUUUAUAGAGUAGAAGCAUGCCAAGAAUUCAUUCUAAAUAAGAAUAAAGAUUUUAACUCCCAACAUUGAAAUCAAAAAUUAAUAAUUUAAUUGAUUCUGAAGAUUAAAAAGCACCAGUGGGUUAGUUUUUUUAAGGUUUAGUAAAAGGAAAAACAAUCAUGGAAUCAAAAAAUAAAAUUGAGUUUCCUAAAACAUAAUAAAAUUUUUAUCGUCUAAUUUACAAAGCAUAAUAUUCAUUUAGACCAACAAAAUUGAAUCCAAGAUAAGUUAGUAUGGAUUAACCAGCAAUUUAAAAGAAAUUGGGGGGUCCUACAUUUGCCUUUAGAACAAUACAAAGUUCUGAAGAGUAACUAAGGAAACCAAAUUUAGAAGUUAUUGCUAGAUAAUAAAUAAACUAUCUUAAUGAUUCUUAAUCAAUAAAUGAAAGCUUAAACACAGAAAUUAAUUAAAUAUUAUAUGGUAAAGGUUAGAAAAAAUAGAUUAUAAAGUAGAGAUUAAAUCAAACAAAAAAUAAUAAUAACGAUACUAGUAAUAUUAUUAAAGAGGAAAGUGAAAAUUCAUUUAUUUGA